CUUUUAUAACCCCAACCACAAACCAGCUGUUUGUUAUUUGUGUUGUUUGGAAAAACAAGCAAAGCAGAAAUUAAAAUAUAAAAAUAUAUUACAGGAGAAUAUUGAAUUUUUUGUAAAACAAAUUUAUAAAAACAUCAUAAACCAUGGUUGGUUGUGUUCCUUGUUUUGUCAUACCGCUCCUGCUCUUUAUUUUCCAUCGCUACAUCCAACCAUUUUUACUACUUUUUUGGAAUCCUUGGGCAAAUAAAACCUCAAAUGAUGGGAAAAAUGGGGGUACCAAGGAAAAAUGCGAAUUUAGUUGUGAAUGUGCCUGGAGCAAGAAAAAAUCGGAUGAAAUUGAAAAGGAUCAGGAAGAAAGGGAUGAUGCUAGUAAUUUACAUGGAACUCAGGAGAAAGUGAAAAGUCAGUAAAUUCUUAUUAGCUGAUUUUUGACUCGCUUAAAUUAAUGUGUUUUCCUUUUUAGACAUUAUACUUUAUAUGUUAUAUAUAUUUGUUUAUUUAAUACCUAACUGCUGUAUUUUGUAAUUGUAAUCAUAAUGUGUAGUUAAAUUAUAGAGCUAAAUAAACAAACUUACAUGGAAGUUGAAUUUUCGUCUAUGGAAU